AUGCAGCAGAGGCGGCGAGAGGCAGCGGGGGAGGGGGAGGAACAGGAGCAGUCGCCUCUGCUCUUCUCUGGAGAUGCAGCAGAGGCGGCGAGAGGCAGCGGGGGAGGGGGAGGAACAGGAGCAGUCGCCUCUGCUCUUCUCUGUUUUCGUGAGCUCAAUUUCCCUACUUUCCUUCAUCUGUCUGUCUUGACUCUGAUUCUUGAAUUCUGCCUCAUCCAUUACACAGGAGAUGCAGCAGAGGCGGCGAGGAGCAGCGGGGGGGGGGAGGAACAGGAGCAGUCGCCUCUGCUCUUCUCUGGAGAUGCAGCAGAGGCGGCGAGAGGCAGCGGGGGGGGGGGGGGGAGGAAUAGGAGCAGUCGCCUCUGCUCUUCUCUGGAGAUGCAGCAGAGGCGGCGAGGAGCAUCAGGGGGGGAGGAACAGGAGCAGUCACCUCUGCUCUUCUCUGGUAAUCCUCCUAUGAUUUGCACAACAUGUGUGGGGAGCACUGAAGUGAAGACCCCCAACGGUGGCAUCAGGUGGUGUGCGGCAGGGGAGUGCUAA